AUGUCUGAUGCACGUGCUUGCUUCCGCUGCGGUGAAACCGGCCACAUUUCUCGUGAUUGCACCGCCGUUAGCACUGAUUCGCGCACCUGCUUUCAUUGUGGUGAGGCCGGCCAUAUCAGCCGCGACUGCCCAAAGGAACGAGCUCAGCGCCAGACCGUCGUAAAGACGUGCUACAACUGCGGCUCCGAGCUGCACAUCUCGCGUGAGUGCCCCAACCCGCCAUCCGGCACCGAACGCCGCACCUGCUACAACUGCGGUAAGGCUGGACACCUCAGCCGCGACUGCCCGAAGGAGCGCAACAACAAGGCUUGCUACAACUGUGGCGAAGAAGGCCAUGUUUCUCGCGACUGCACAAAGGAACACAAGGAGUAA